CUCAACCCAAUUAAACACUUAUGGGAGAUUCUGGAGCGUUUUCCUCCAGAAUUGAUGGUGGAGAAAGCGUUUUCCUCCACCAUCAACAAAACACCAAAUUGUGGAAGAAUGGUGUAGCAUCCCUCCAAUAUAGUUCCAGACGCUUGUGGAAUGUAUGCCAAUGUGCAUUGAAGCUGUUGGGUCAUCGGCAGCCCAAUUCUGAUCUUUAUUUCACAAAUUUUGACCAAUCAGAUCAGGUUUGAAAAACAUAUUUUGUGAUUAUGUUACUUGGAAAAAUAUCAGAACUGGGCUGUCUAAACGUAGCCAUCCAUGGUGGUCUAACGAUCUAUUAAGACGAUGUAUGUUGAUGUUUCCUUUAUUUUGGCAGUUACCUGUACCUGGUGCAGAAGGGAGUCGCCCAUACAGUCAUUUUAUCCCGCACAAUCUACGGAAGCGCGGUGUCACUUUAUCGCUGAGCAACCUCUUGAUACCAGCCGCUAACGACACGCAUAAUCGUUUAUUUAUUAUUGCACACCAGACCUUAUUUGAACUCUUAACUGGCACAUGAUCCCUAACUAUCAGUUCGGAGUGGAAUGUUAUCACAAAACAGGUCUGGAUUCCAGGCUAUCCUAGGGACAGGUAUCAAAGUUGAAUGGGAAGUUUUUCCUGCCCCAUAUAGCAUGGCGUACCAUCCUGAGUUUAAGAGGGCCGGGAAGAAGCCUGGGCUCCAGGUGUGGAGAGUUGAGAGUCUGGACCUGGUGGCUGUGCCAGAGAGUCUGUAUGGCGGGUUCUACUCAGGGGACGCAUACCUUGUUCUUAAUACCAUCAAGCAACGUUCUGGGCAUCUACAGUAUGACCUUCACUUCUGGCAAGGAGAUGACUGUACACAAGAUGAGAGUGGAGCAGCAGCCAUUUUUACCAUCCAAAUAGAUGACUACCUGGGUGGCAAACCUAUUCAGUACCGUGAGGUGCAGGGUUACGAGUCAAGAACAUUUUCAGGCUACUUCAAAACUGGACUGAAGUACAUGAAAGGGGGUGUGGCUUCAGGGUUCAAGCAUGUGGUGUCCAAUGAGGUUAAGGUGCAGCGUAUGCUCCAGGUCAGGGGUCGGCGUGUGGUUCGAGCCACAGAGGUAGCAGUCAGUUGGGACAGCUUCAACCAGGGAGACAUCUUUAUCCUCGACCUGGGCAACGAGGUCUAUCAAUGGUGUGGUUCCAAGGCCAAUAACUUUGAGAAGCUGAAGGCCACUCAGGUGUCAAAGGAUAUCCGUGACAAUGAACGAUGUGGGCGGGCUGAGUUGUACAUAUGUGACGAGGGGGCAGAAUGUGAGAAGAUGCUGGAGAUUCUUGGACCCAAACCCGAUUUGCCUGAGGCAAAAGCAGAUGACACAAAUACAGACGUGUCCAAUAGGAAGCUGGCGAAAUUAUACAAGGUGUCUAAUGCCAGUGGGGAUAUGGGCAUUGAUAUGGUAGCAUCGGAGAACCCGUUUUCACAGAAUGCCCUGGAGUCAAGUGACUGCUUUAUCUUGGACAAUGGCCCCAAUGGCAUGAUCUUUGUCUGGAAAGGUAAGGACGCUAACAAAGAGGAGAGAAGUGCGGCGAUGAGUGCUGCCGAACAGUUUAUCACAAAGAUGGGCUACCCGAAACACACCCAGAUCCAGAUCCUACCUGAGAAUGGGGAGACCCCUCUGUUCAAGCAGUUCUUCAAAAUCUGGCGUGACGCGGACCAUACAGUGGGGUUGGGAACCGCCUACGUGUCCAACAAAAUCGCCAAGAUCAAGAAGGUGCCCUUCGAUGCCUCCACUCUCCAUCACUCGGAUGCCAUGGCGGCUCAGCAUGGGAUGGUGGACGAGGGGAAUGGAGAGAAGCAGAUCUGGCGUAUUGAGGGAGCUGACAAGGUGCCUGUGGAGCCCUCCACUUACGGACGAUUCUAUGGGGGAGACAGCUACAUCAUCCUCUACAACUACCAGCAUGGAGGGCGUAACGGACAGGUCAUCUACAUAUGGCAAGGAGUGGAUUCUAGCCAGGAUGAAAUUGGUGCCUCGGCCAUCUUGGCUGCUCAGCUGGAUGACGAGUUGGGAGGAGGGGCAGUACAGGUGCGGGUGAUCCAGGGUAAGGAGCCUGCCCACCUCAUGAGUCUUUUCGGGGGGCAGCCGAUGGUAGUGCACCAGGGUGGUACCUCCAGAGAGGGUGGCCAGGCCCAGGCUGCAGACACACAGCUGUUCCAGGUGCGGUCCAACCCUGCUGGCUGCACACGUGCCAUAGAGGUUGAUGCUGCUGCCUCAAAUCUGAACUCCAACGAUGUGUUUGUGCUGGUGACGCCGGCAUCCUCCUUCAUAUGGGUGGGAAAGGGGACAAGUGACAGUGAGAAACAUGGAGCUCAAAAGCUAAGUGACCGUCUAGGGGUCUCAGCCUCAGAGCUGGCCGAGGGUGAAGAAGCAGAUGACUUUUGGGAUGCUCUAGGAGGUAAAGCAGACUACCGUACCUCAGCCAGACUGAAAAACAAAAUGGACGUUCAUCCACCACGCCUGUUUGCCUGCUCCAACAAAACUGGCCAGUUCGUUAUUGAAGAGGUGCCUGGGGAGAUGACACAAGAAGACCUGGCCCCAGAUGAUGUCAUGCUCUUGGACACCUGGGAACAGAUCUUUGUUUGGAUCGGAGGUGAAGCUCAUGAGGAGGAGAAGACGGAGGGUAUAGCCUCAGGUAAGCAAUGCUGUUCGUUACAUAGAGACAGACCCUACCAAGCGGGAUAGCAGUACACCCAUAGUGAAGUUAAAGCAAGGUCAUGAGCCUCCCACAUUCACUGGCUGGUUCUUGGGCUGGGACCAUGGGUACUGGAGCAGCGAUCCCCUUGAAAGGGCCAUGGCUGGUCUGCGUGUCUGAACCACUCCAGGGUCAGGUUUCCCCUAGUGGCAACUUCACCCAAAGCCUUCACUUGACUCAUUUGUGCAACUAGCUGGAUAUCCCCAUUCCUUUCAACUGUUCGACUGCCAAUGGAUAAUAUGUCUUCACGCUAUUGCUGUUUCUUGAAGAGGGAAUCUUAAUGUAAUUUCCUUUUCUUACACACUUAAUACUGUUAGCCCAUGUUUCUUUAGCAGCACAUUACUACAUGUGUAAUACAUGGGACAUGGGUUUCUUUGCUUGUUCCAUGCCCUAUUGAGCAGAGUUCAGAUAUUCCUGUUUGAGAAUCUUGUGCAGACUGGGUUUCCAUUACGACCCCAAGGGUAUGUCAUGUCUAUCAAACAUGCUGACAGUGGACAGAAAAGCUUCAACAAAGCACAAUUGGAAGCAGUCAAAUACAUUCACAUAACUAAAUAAAAUGUAUGAUGCUCAACACCAGUUGUCAGC